AUGGGGCGGAAGGUGACCGUGGCCACCUGUGCGCUCAACCAGUGGGCCCUGGACUUUGAGGGCAAUUUGCAAAGGAUUUUAAAAAGUAUUGUAAUUGCCAAACACAGAGGAGCAAGAUACAGGCUUGGACCAGAACUGGAAAUCUGCGGCUACGGCUGUUGGGAUCAUUAUUACGAGUCGGACACCCUCCUGCAUUCGCUCCAGGUCCUGGCGGCCCUUUUGGAGUCUCCGGUCACUCAGGAUGUCAUCUGCGACGUGGGGAUGCCUGUGAUGCACCGAAACGUCCGCUAUAACUGCAGGGUGAUAUUUCUCAACAGGAAGAUCCUGCUCAUCAGACCCAAGAUGGCCUUGGCGAAUGAGGGCAACUACCGCGAGCUGCGCUGGUUCACGCCCUGGUCCAGGAGCCGGCAAACAGAGGAGUAUUUUCUCCCCCGGAUGUUACAGGACCUGACUAAGCAGGAAACUGUGCCCUUUGGGGACGCCGUCCUCUCCACGUGGGACACCUGCAUCGGGAGUGAGGUCUGUGAGGAGCUCUGGACGCCCCACAGCCCGCACGUGGACAUGGGCCUGGAUGGGGUGGAGAUCUUCACCAACGCCUCGGGCAGCCACCACGUGCUGCGCAAAGCCCACGCCCGGGUGGACCUGGUGACCAUGGCCACCACCAAGAACGGCGGGAUCUACUUGCUGGCCAAUCAGAAGGGGUGUGACGGGGACCGGCUCUACUACGACGGCUGUGCCCUCAUAGCCAUGAAUGGCAGCAUCUUUGCCCAGGGGUCCCAGUUCUCUCUGGAUGAUGUGGAAGUCCUCACUGCCACGUUGGAUUUGGAGGACAUCAGAAGCUACAGGGCAGAGAUUUCAUCUCGAAACCUGGCGGCCAGCAGGGUGAGCUCCUACCCCCGCGUGAAGGUGGACUUCGCGCUCUCCUGCCACGAGGACCUGCUGGAGCCCGUGUCUGAGCCCGUCGAGUGGAAAUACCACAGUCCCGCCGAGGAGAUCAGCCUGGGACCCGCGUGCUGGCUCUGGGACUUCUUAAGACGCAGCCGACAGGCGGGGUUCUUCCUUCCCCUGAGCGGCGGGGUGGACAGCGCGGCCACCGCCUGCCUGGUCUACUCCAUGUGCCGCCAGGUCUGCGAGGCUGUGAGACGUGGAAAUCCAGAGGUGCUGGCUGACGUCCGAAUCAUCGUGAACCAGCCCAGCUACACCCCCCAGGACCCCCGGGAGCUCUGUGGCCGCGUCCUGACCACCUGCUACAUGGCCAGCGAGAACUCCUCCCAGGAGACCUGUGACAGGGCCCGAGAGCUGGCCCAGCAGAUUGGAAGCCACCACGUCGGUCUCAGCAUUGACCCAGCGGUCAAGGCGCUCGUGGGCAUCUUUAGCCUGGUGACGGGCACGAGCCCUCGGUUUGCAGUUCACGGAGGGAGCGGCCGGGAGAACCUGGCUCUGCAGAAUGUGCAGGCGCGGGUGAGGAUGGUCGUCGCCUACCUCUUCGCUCAGCUGAGCCUCUGGUCUCGCGGCGCCUCCGGCGGGCUUCUCGUCCUUGGAUCCGCCAACGUGGACGAGAGCCUCCUCGGCUACCUAACCAAGUACGACUGCUCCAGCGCCGACAUCAACCCCAUCGGCGGGAUCAGCAAGACGGACCUGAGAGCCUUCGUCCAGCUCUGCAUGGAACGCUUCCAGCUUCCCGCCCUGCAGAGCAUCCUGGCAGCACCGGCCACAGCUGAGCUGGAGCCCUUGGCCCACGGGCAGGUGUCCCAGACCGAUGAGGAAGACAUGGGGAUGACGUACGCCGAGCUGUCUGUCUAUGGGAGGCUCCGGAAGGUCGCCAAGACAGGCCCCUACAGCAUGUUCUGCAAACUCCUCAACAUGUGGAAGGACACCUGCUCGCCCCGGCAGGUCGCCGACAAAGUGAAGCGGUUUUUCUCCAAGUAUUCCCUGAACAGACACAAAAUGACCACGCUGACGCCCGCGUACCACGCCGAGAGCUACAGCCCGGACGACAACAGGUUCGACCUGCGACCGUUUCUGUACAACACCCGCUGGCCCUGGCAGUUCCGCUGCAUCGAAAACCAGGUCCUCCAGCUGGAGGGGAGACAGCAGCAGGAGCUAGAUGGCGUGGACUGA